AUGGCUCUCUCGCACUUCGGAGGACAACGUUCGCCUUUCGACUCUAUCUACCGUGAAAUGCGAGACCUCGAGCACUCAAUGAUCAAUCCCUACUGGCACCGAGCCAAUCACCUCAACUUCAACUCGGCCGCCGACGUUGGAGUGGUCAGUUUUUGAUGGGUGGCCAAUGAAAGAUUGUUUUUUGAAGGUUGUCAACGACGAGAACAAGUAUGGCCUGAACUUGGACGUUUCGCAUUUCCGUCCUGAGGAACUCAAGGUUCAUUUGGAUGGUCGUACGGUGACUGUCGAGGGCUCUCACGAGAGCCACACUGAACACGGCACUACGAAGAGGUUUCUACAAUAUUUACCCGUAAGGAAAAAGUAUUCAAAACUGGCGAAGUUCUGUUCAAUUUUCAAGAGCUGUGUAAUUAAUGCCGUGUUUAAAAUAAUUUCCGCAGAAUGCAAAAUGAUCUCUGACUUUCCAAAAUUUAGUGAUCUUUUCCUUUCUCUCACGGGUAUUUAGCAUUUCGCGGAAUCACUUUGAAUACAGCAUAAAAUCUUUGGAAUGCCAGAUUUCGAAAACAGCUCAAAUUCAGAAAUUGAAUUUUUUUCUUACUAGAAAGUGUCAUGUUGUGUUAAAUUCAUAUUGAAACCUUUAUUUUUCUUUUCUCUUCUUUUUUGAGGCAAGAACAUUUUCAGAAGUCCUAAAAAUAUCUUUUCUAUUCACUUGAAAAUGGUCAUUAUUUUUCAGAUCUUUCGUCCGGAGCUUCCUCCUUCCUGAAGAUGUUGACAUCGCCGCCGUCCACUCUUCUCUCACCAACGACGGUCAUCUGGCCAUCGAGGCCCCUAAAGCGGCCACUUCUCGCGGUCGAUCCAUUCCUAUCGGUAGGGCCAUCGAAAACGGCAAGCAGCAGCAGCAGCAGGCAAACACCAAGAAGAGCAAGGAAAAACUAAAUUUAUUUCUAAACUUUCAAAACGCAUGA